UCCUUACUGUCAAGUGCUAGGAAUUAAGAAAGGACUCAGUUUUAACUAAAACAAAACUGCUUUAUUGUUCGGAGCAUCAGCUUGCAGAGACGCAGAACAUGCGAGUGAGCAGAGUGCGUUCCAACAACACACCGAGAGGAGGGAAUAAGGAACGUAAACACUGUAACCGGAAGUCAAAAACCGGCUUCAGCUACGAAUCACGGGAAAGGUCAAAGUUCAGGAAAAUCGUGGAUAGGAUGGUGAAGGGCAUCUUGGCGGCUGAAGGGCACAGAGUACAGUAUGACCGUGUUAGAGCAUCGCUUCAUCGCGUUGACACACUCGGAGUCUUGUCCAGGAUGACAGAGAUGGGUUGCGUUGUCCGAAGAAGAUAUUCAGUUCCAGGCCCCAAGUCAAUGAUGCACAUUGAUACUAAUCAUAAACUAAUUAGGUUCAACAUUGUCGUGUUUGGUGGAGUGGAUGGCUUCUCAAGAAAGAUAAUGUACCUGGGAGCUGCCACGAACAACCUCUCCUCAACUGCACUGACCUUCUUCCAGGAGUCAGUGGACAGAUUUGGAUUCCCUCUUAGAGUAAGGGCGGAUCAGGGAGUUGAGAAUGUCCAGAUAGCACGCUUCAUGUUCACAGUCCGUGGAACUGGGAGGAGCAGUUUCAUUUCUGGAAAAAGUGUCCACAACCAGCGUAUCGAGAGAUUAUGGCGAGAUGUAUGGACUGCAGUGACCAGCGUGUACUAUGAUGUCCUCCACUAUCUUGAGGAAGGCAACUAUCUUGACAUUGCAGACCAAACACAUCUUUUCUGUUGCCAUUACACCUUUGUACCAAGACUUCAAGAUGACCUGGACAUUUUUCGAGAUGGCUGGGACAACCACCCCUUAAGAACAGAAGGCAACAUGACUCCGAACCAGCUGUGGGCAAUAGGACAUGUUUAUCAGCCAGUUCAGGAGCCCCAAAAUGAGGAGGUGUUGGACAUCCCAGAGAUUGAUUGGGAGAGCAGUGGGUUACCUCACAUUAGAAAUGCUGGAAUUCAUGUUCCUACAACAGGCUGUCCACUUACAGCAGAGCAGUUUACAGCACUCAGAGACUUAAUUGACCCCAGAGCAACAUCACAGUCACGUGGUGUUGAUAUCUAUAUGGCUGCCAUGCAGUUCUGCCAGGCUCUUUUGGAGUGAAGUUUCUGAAUGCAUUUUGGAGGAUGAUGGGGUGAUAGCAAGAAAACUGCCACAGUGGAUUGUUUUCCAAUGGAAAACAGUGGAAAUGUUAAGACACUAUUUCCUUAAACAUUUAAGUUUGUUUUAUCAAUGUCUGCUAAAACUAGUACAGUUUGCUUAUAGGGAGUACAAAUAUGUCCCCAUAAAAAAAGGCAUUCAUAAUUCUGUAGACAUAAAAUUUUAUUUCUAACUCACAAUUUUAAGUAGAACACUUACAAAUAAAAGAUUUUACAUC